AAAUCCCACCAUACAUCAGUGGAGACAUUCAGACCACCACCAAAACACCUUCCCGAGUCACCAGUUCAUCCCUAACCAAGCCAUGCCCGUCUUAGAAUUCGCAAUCUACACCCUGCGCCCCCCACACACCCCCGCCUCCCCCACGGUGAGGUCCCUCCUCAGCAACGCCCUAGCGGCCCUAAACUCCGCCUCCGGCCACUCCUUCAUCCUCAUGAAACAGGUCGAGUCCCCAAAUACAAUCUACCUCGUCGGCACCUGGGACAGCAUCUCGGCGCACAACUCGUUCCUUGCCUCCGCCGAGAACCAAAAACUCCUCGCGGAUGCGAAGGACGUGCUCAACGUGGAUGCCAUGUACCAUGCUGAGAUGGAUGGGAGCGUGGUUCCGCUGGCGGCACCAGUGGUGGGUGUUGGCAGGCAUCAUGUUAAGCGAGGUAUGAAGGAGGGGUUUGAGGACUGCUUUGGAAGGGUUAGGGGGGUGUUGAGGGGGUUUACGGGGGGGUGGGAGGUUGCGGGGGGAUGGAGGGUUGAUGAGGAGGAGGGGAAGGGGGAGUGGUUGUUGUUUACUGGGUGGGAGAGCGUGGCGCAGCAUGAAGAGUUUGGGAGGUCGGAGAAGUUUAAAGAGUAUGCGGAGAUUAAGGGGUUUUUGGAGGGGUUUGAGGUUAGGCAUGCUGUUAAGUAUGAGGCUUGAAAGGGUGAGCCGGAAGGUUUGACGUACCAGUAUCAGACUAUUGCUACUGAUAGUGGUUGCAUACGAUAUAUUUAUGAUUAGCCAGUCAUAUCUCGUCAUUUUGAGCACCAAGAGAGAAACAGCCAUUGCUUAUGUUUGUUAUAUUUAAACUUAAUAUUAGACCAACG